AAUCACUCUCAGGCAACGACCAUUACCUACCAGACAGCUCUGCAUUUCAAGCUACAGUUAACUCCUCAUUUUUCAAUCCACUUUUUAAAUUCUUCAGUUGCCGUUUCUUUUUCUCCAAAUUUAGCAGCAACACCUUCCACAGAGAUGGCUGACGACGAGCCAAAGAAGAUUGAAACCGAAUCACCAGCUGAGCCGCCGCCUGUUGAGACUUCCAAAGACGUGGCCGAGGAGAAGACUGUAAUUCCACCUCCGCCUGCCGAAGAGAAGCCGUCCGACGACUUCAAAGCUGUUGAACCUGAAAAGGCCCCUGAACCUGCUGAGAAGAAGAGUGACGAGGGUUCUGUCAAUAGAGAUACUGUGCUUGCAAGAGUUGAAACUGAGAAGAGGAUUUCGUUGAUUAGAGCAUGGGAAGAAAGCGAAAAAUCAAAAGUAGAGAACAAAGCUCACAAAAAGCUAUCUGCCAUCGCUGCAUGGGAGAACAGCCGGAAAGCAUCUGUAGAAGCUGAGCUAAAACAGAUUGAGGAAAAAUUGGAGAAGCAAAAGGCGCAGUAUGUUGAGAAAAUGAAAAACAAAAUAGCACUGAUCCACAGGGAAGCCGAAGAAAAGAGAGCAAUGGUUGAAGCUAGACGAGGGGAAGAUAUUCUCAAAACAGAGGAGACAGCUGCAAAACAUCGUGCCACUGGAACUGCACCCAAGAAGUUCCUUAGUUUUUUUUGAGGUACAAUCCUGAAGUCUGAUUGAAAAAAAUAAAUUAUAUGUACAUAUUUAUUUGAACAUUCAUUUGAUAAUUUAGUCUUUGGUGUUUGGUUUUAUGGUGGAGAAUUGGUAAACGUUACUUUACCGUUGUGUGCAUAGUCAAGUAUUUGUGUGUAUAUGCAAUUUGGGAUGAAUUAUUGAAUUUGUAUCAAGAUGGUUUGAAAUAAUGCUGAAUCUGAAGUUCAUAGA